CGACCACAGCAUUUGUACAGCAAACCACUCGCCAUGCAUCAUGGGCGACCAAGGCCUCACAGUGCAAGACGCAGAGGCGUUGCUCGAUGCCGUCGUUGACUUUCCAGAUAUCAAUGCUCAAUUCGAGCGUAUCCGACCAAUUACGAAUUUCCGGAAGGACGAUUCCGAGGCAAGAAUACUUUACAUAUGUCGAAAGCUGCCGCAGGCAGAUGGCAAAUUAAGCAAUGACAGCUCGAAUGCCGAGGAUUCACAGCUGUUCGUGCUCAAAUGCAAGGUCCAAGCGCCAUCUGUACUUGCCAACGGACUGACAACACCCAUUACUGGGCCAAGUCCCCAUACAAAAGCUGAGCAAGAGGCACUACAGAAAUUUGCGGACACCCAAUCACCUGGCCUCCCACAUUUAGUGGCUACGAAAUUGCUCACGCAAGAUGAGAAGGGGCCAAUGCCUGGAGGAUAUAUUUCCUACACAGUGAUGACUUUGAUGCCGGGGAAAGAUCUGAUGGAAGCCAAAUUCUGGAGCAUGCCCGAAGAGCAACAGAACCGAAUUCGAGAUGCCUUUCGACAAAUAAUCAAGAAUGUAUGGGCGCUAGGCAUGGAGCCUUAUGAUUGCGCCCUGCGGAAUAUUCUCUGGGAAGAAGCGACGGAAAUACUGUCUCUUGUCGACUUUGAACAUUAUCAUCCCAUGACCAAAGACCUGAUCAACAUGGACCUCAACAACGAGAUGAUGAGAUGGGGGAUCGUCCGACGGCCUCCUCAUACCUCGCACUGGAAAGCAUUCUUCGAGAUGGAAGGACUAUACAAUUGAGCAAGAUGCCUCGCACAAGAUAGACCGCAGCUAUACCACUAGCGAGUCGAAAACGUCACUCCUGCGAAGCACAUCGAGUGGUAAACCGAAAUUGAUGACGACCAUUGGCCAGCCGCCUUCAAGACACAGCGAUUCGAUCAAAACUUCUGAUUGAUUCAAACUAUCUCGCGGCUGUACCGUCAAGCCCAAUUGUGUUCGCAUUUGCAUCUAAAUCCUCGGCCGACCUUAAUAUCUUCAAUGUGCGAAUCGGAAGUCCAACCUCCUGUUGCCUUGGUCUUUGGUGGUGCUGAGGUAGUCUUCUUUCUCCUCGGUAGUUAAUGCAUUCCAAGUCUGAUCGCGUCGCCUGU